CGUCCAUAUCAAAGAAGGAAUAAGUAUGGCGGGCUCGGGGCACACCUGGCCCAACAGUCAGGAGGACUAUGAGCUGCUGGAGGUGAUCGGCGUGGGCGCCACCGCCGUCGUGCACGCCGCCUACUGCCAGCCGCGCGCCGAGAAGUGCGCCAUCAAACGCAUCAACCUCGAGAAGUGGAACACCUCUAUGGACGAACUCCUCAAGGAGAUACAGGCCAUGUCCAGCUGCAACCACGAAAACGUCGUCACAUACUACACCAGCUUCGUCGUCAAGGAGGAGCUGUGGCUCGUGCUGCGUCUGCUCGAGGGAGGCAGCCUGCUGGACAUCAUCAAGCACAAGAUGAGAAUCUCCAACUGCAAGCAUGGCGUGUUCGACGAGGCCACCAUCGCCACCGUUCUGAAGGAGGUCCUGAAGGGACUGGAAUACUUCCACCAGAAUGGACAGAUACACAGAGACAUCAAGGCCGGCAACAUUCUGCUCGGCGACGAGGGCACCGUGCAGAUCGCAGACUUCGGCGUGUCCGCGUGGCUGGCCACCGGCAGGGACCUCUCGCGGCAGAAGGUGCGCCACACCUUCGUCGGCACCCCCUGCUGGAUGGCGCCAGAGGUCAUGGAGCAAAACCACGGCUACGAUUUCAAAGCCGACAUCUGGUCUUUCGGCAUCACCGCCAUAGAGAUGGCGACCGGCACUGCGCCCUACCACAAGUACCCGCCGAUGAAAGUACUGAUGCUGACGCUGCAGAACGACCCGCCCACGCUGGACACCGGCGCCGAGGAGAAGGACCAGUACAAGGCGUACGGGAAAACAUUCAGGAAAAUGAUAUCCGAGUGCCUCCAGAAGGACCCGACCAAGAGGCCCUCCGCCACGGAGCUGCUGAAGCACUCGUUCUUCAAGAAGGCCAAGGACCGCAAGUACCUCAUGCAGACGCUGGUGUCGAUCGGGCCGAGCAUGGAGACGCGCGUGCACAAGGCCAGCAAGCGGCAGCCCGGCGCCUCGGGCCGCCUGCACCGCAUGGAGACCGGCGAGUGGGUGUGGGAGAGCGAGGAGGAGGACGACGACGAGGAGGGCGACGGCGGCCGCGACCGCCCCAUGAACCAGCUGCCGCGCGCUGACUCCUCCGACAGCGAUAGCGACGGCGAGCCGGCCGAGGGUGCCGGAUUCACCAUCGGCUCACCGGCGGCCGGCGAGGCGCCGCAGAUCGACCUCGUGCUGCGCAUGCGCAACGCCAACAAGGAACUGAACGACAUACGAUUCGAGUUCGCACCCGGCAAGGACUCUGCGGACGGCAUCGCCACGGAGCUGGUGGGGGCGGGCCUGGUGGCGGCGUGCGACGCGGCGGCCAUCGCGGCGCAGCUGCAGCGCCUCGUCGACCUCAACCUGUUCCCCGCCCCGGGGGGCAGCGCGCCGCCGCGCUCCCUCACCUUCCGGCUGGACUCGGCGGACCCCGCGGACGCGCUGGACGAGAAGGGCCUGGUGGGCUACGCGCAGAUAUCCAUCGUGGACUGAGCUUCCUAGGUAUUAAUCACUUGACCGAUCGAGCGCUAAACUAUUUUAUGCUGUAACUUAAGUAAUUAGAUAUUUUAUAUGGGUGGAUAUGGAAUACAUUUAUCAUUCAAAGCUCAAAUGAUUGUAUUAAGUGAUAGCAAGGUGAAUCUGAAUUUAUAAGAUUUUUUUUUAUUGAAUAUUGUGUUUAUUUACUGCUCCGUAUCUUAAAAACACUGUAACUGAUGUAUUUUAUUUUAAUGAAUUUAUUGAAGUGAUCGAAUUUUCCGCUAUAUUUAUGAUAGGACGUUGGCGUGCUUGUGAUUCAAUGACAUAAUGUUUGACAUGACACCAAAGUAAAGGAACCCGUAGGGAACACCUCAUCCGGCAGAGCUGCGAGAGUGCCAUAACUAAUGAUAGUGACAUAGCAUGCGGCGGGCGGCCGCUGCGCUGUGCCGUACUGUACUGUACUGUACUGUACUGUACUGUACCAUACCGUACUGUACCAUACCGUACUGUACCAUAACGUACUGUACCAUAACGUACUGUACCAUAACGUACUGUACCAUAACGUACUGUACCAUAACGUACUGUACCAUAACGUACUGUACCAUACCGUACUGUACUGUACUAUACUAUACUGUAUGUUCUGUGAUGAGUGUAUGAUAUGAUAUAAUCAUAGUAAUACGAAGCUUUCGCGAACGCUUUUUAUCAGGUCAUUACAGUGUUUGAAUAAAUGUAGCAGAUGUAUGUAGCACCACAUAUGUUCUUUUUAUGUUGUUAUUUGUUUGUUGCUUAUUUUAAAAUUAUUCUUAAAAUAAUAAAAUGCGAAUUUAAACGA